AUGCCCCUUAGUGAUCAUGCGCCCCGGUUGGAGUUCCUCAAGGGCUCCGCCAGCGCUCUCAAUGCUCUCAGUCCAUCAACAGCGGCCUAUUUGAUGACCGUUCACAACGGCAUUCUCCGUGACGAAUUCAAGCCAUUAAACCAGCGGCUCCAAGAGACAUCGUGCGGUGCAUGUGGCAGUGUCAGAAGCCCGCAGUGGACCAAGAAUAUCGUCAUCCAUAAGAAAAAAGGCAAGCAGUCGAAUGCAGGCAGAGCGAGCAAGGCCAGCUCUGAUGGAGCUACAAUCUUAAAAUGUCUCCGUUGCCGGCGACGGACCAUCAAGCCAGUCCGCAAGGAUGCAGCUCGUCCUGCACUACCACCAAAAGUUACUUCUACAGCGACAUCUACACCUGACAUUCAAUCAUCUGCAAUUACAACGCCCCAGUCCGAACCGGCCACCGAAUCAGCGGAAUCGAGCCGGGUGAAUAAAGCGGCCGACAAUGCCAACAGCAAAAAGCGGGCCAAGGCUCGCAAGCAAGGUGGUCUGCAGGCCUUGAUGGCAUCCAAGCAACAAUCCCGCAGCAAUUCAUCCUCACUUGAUCUCUUUGACUUCCUUCAGUAG